UGAAAGUCUCUUUUGCAGUUGUAAACGUAUCCUAAAAAGUGUCGUUUGGGAUGUGGAUUAUUGCAGCUUCUUAAUUGGGAGGCGCACUAAUCGAGUUUCACAAAGAAAAUAACAGACUUUAGAAAGCUCAGCUCCUCAAUUACUUUAUUCUUUGCAACAGUUUUUGUUUUGUUUUGUUUUCCAAAAGAUUCAACGUUGCACCAAUAAAAUAUUUUGUUUCUUUCUUUCAAUUUUUACAUAAAAGUUAAAAAUAAAUAGUUUAGACUAUAUUUUCUUUGGGUGUUUUAUCUAUAUUUAUUUUUUGAAUUUCAGGAUGGUUUUCAGCAUGUUAAAAUCGAGUAUAGAGCAAUUCUUUUUGGUUAAUAAUAAUAAAAAAGCUUCAGCUGAAAGUGAGUUUGAGGAAAUAUGUAAAAACAUUUUGAUACUGGCAGCUAGGAAAACUAUUCAAAAGAAAAUUAAAAAUGGAAAAAUUGAUGAAAUUGAUGAAAAGUUUUUCCUAAACCAAAUUGAAGCAAAACUCAAGGAUAAAGAUGAAGCUGAUUUUUUGAAUUUUAAGAAAAAGCUGCAUACGGCUUCAAGAUUUAACGCUGUCACUGCUGUUGAAACCAAAGAAGUUCCUAAAAAUCCAAAGAUUGAAAAAAGUCAAGCUAAUUUACAAAAAACCAAAAAAAAUAGUUUCAAAAAAAACGAUCUCAAAAAAAAUGAUCUCAAAAAAAAUGAUUCCAACAAAAAUAACUUUAAAAAAAAUAAUUCCAAAAAAUUACGUCCUUCUAAAUAUCUUCAACAUUGUCAAACUUGUGAUGAAUUUUUAUUUCAAGACGAGAUUAAGGCUUAUCUGAUUGAAGCUACUAAUAGAUUUAUGCGGAAGUCUAGCAUUGAAAAUCUUUUACAAGAGGAUGAUGGGAUAUUGUUCCUUUCUAAAUCGUUCUCAGAUAAAGAAAAACUAAAAAACAGAGCAAAGGCAAAGCCAAAACAAAAAGAAGCCAAAAACAGUGGAGUUAAAAUUACACUUAAGAUAAAUAAAGCCUCUGAAGGCACAGCUCAAGAUAAAAUUACAUUUAAGAUAGAUAAAGUCUCUGAAAACACAAUUUGAGAUAAAAGUAAAGAAACAAAUAGUAAAAAAUACAAUUGGUACAAGUAUUGUAUUGUUAUUAUUUUUGUAACUAAAUUUCCACUUUUCAUAGUUUUCAAUAUUUUUAUUUCCCGUUUUUUUAUAAUAAUCCACAAAAUAAUCAAUAUUUAGGAUAAUCAAGAAAUCCUUUCCUGAACCAUCCUUUAAAGGAACUGGACUUAUUUAACUGGCUAGGAAGGUCUACAAAUAUUUUUUUGUUUUGUUAAAACUUUAUUAAUCUGGUGAAGAGUGAAUUUCCUUGAUUGGAGGAGCUUUUAUUUGUUUGAGACUUUGAUUUGAUCCAGCUAUUUCACCAGAGAAGUGUUUCUUCCAUAAUAUAGAAAAUUGAUAUUGCAGUUCAAUAUUUAAC